AUGGGCCAGCUAAACGUCUUGGACAGCGAUCCAGAGGACGUAGAGAUCGCACUGGAUACGUGCGCAGAAAUCGACACGAUUGGUAUUGACUUUGCAGAACAGCGAGGACUGAAGCCGUAUAUCAAAGGGUACCCUAAGCUAUGGCAGUCAGCUGGGAAUGUUCAGCACGAAGCGAAAGGGGCUUAUUGGGCCACAUGGAGUAUGACUAACCAUUAUGGGGUCACUCGUUCCUAUCAAAGGCCUUUCCUAGCCGUGAAUAAAGCGCCAGAAGACGCACCAUUGCUCUUAGGAGAACAUACACUGGGAGAGAUUGGAGUUGAUAUCUCAUUACGGACAAAAGAGACUGGGGGCAACCAGUGGCGAUUCCACCUACCCACCAAUGGAGAACCAACUGAGCACUAUGUAAAAGUCGAAUCGACUAAGACAUUCCGGAAGAGACUGAUGAAAGGACUAAAGCGCUACCUCCAAGAGAAUCUCGAGAAAGGCUUCAUCAGACCGUCAAAAAGUCCAGCUGCAUCACUGAUCCUAUUCGUACCAAAGAAGGACGGUACACUGAGACUCUGUGUCGAUUACCGAGGCCUUAACAAAGUCACCAUUAAGAACCGAUACCUAUUGCCAUUGAUAGGCGAAAUACUGGACCGCGUGAAUGGAGCUAGAGUGUUCAGCAAGAUUGAUUUGAAGGAUGCAUACUAUCGCAUUCGAAUCCGGCCAGGAGACGAGUGGAAGACGGCAUUCCGCACCCGUUAUGGCCAUUAUGAGUACUUAGUGAUGCCGUUUGGGCUGACAAAUGCACCAGCGGCGUUUCAAGGUUAUAUUAACCAGGCCCUGAGAGGUUUGGUUGAUGACUUUUGCAUUGUGUAUCUGGAUAAUAUCCUGAUCUUCUCCAAGACGGAGGAAGAGCAUACGGAGCAUUUAAGACUUGUAUGUGAACGGCUACGAACAGCCGAACUGUAUGCAAAACCCUCGAAGUGCCAGUUCUACCAGAAUGAAAUGGAGUUCCUGGGCUUCAUCAUCAAUGACCAGGGAGUCAAAAUGGACCCAGAGAGAGUCCGAACGAUUAGCGAGUGGAAGGAACAUCCACCAGGAUCGUACUGGGAUAUUCAAGUGUUCCUUGGGUUCUGUAACUUCUACAGAAGAUUCAUUCAAGGGUAUUCGCGCAUUGCCAGGCCACUUACAAGCCUGAUGAAGGGCAGUAAGGAUGGCAAGAAAACUGGUGAUUUCCGCAGGGAAUGGGGUAAUACUCAGCAGGAGGCAUUCCUUGAGUUAUUGAGUGCUUUUGAAACCGUAUCAUUGCUGCAACACUUCGAUCCAGACCUUCUAACGCGGCUGGAGACUGAUGCAUCCAAAUACACACUUAGUGGAAUACUAUCGCAGUUGUUUGAAGAACAAUGGCACCCUAUUGCCUUCUAUUCUAGACAGUUCAAGGGUCCCGAACUGAACUAUGGGACACCGGACCAAGAAAUGCUAGCAAUUGUGAGAGCUUUCAAGCAUUGGAGACACUACUUGGAGGGUAGUAAGUAUCCAGUGGAGGUACUGACGGACCAUCACAAUUUGCAGACUUUCAUGAAGCAGUCUAGGCUAAAUGGUCGUCAAGCACAAUGGUGCUAUUACCUUACACCAUACGAUUUCGUAAUUAAAUGGCGGUCGGGAUCAACAAAUCCGGCAGACGCGCCAUCACGAAGACCAGACUAUAUAAGACAAAAUUAG